AUGGGAAAUAAGAAUAUAUGUUGUUGUACUUAGGAAGAAUAAUAGCAAUAAUCAUAAACCCUUGGUUCAGAAUGUAUUAAGAAAAUUUAAGAAUAUUAGUGAAACUUUUCCUCUCUUUUAGUUGGCAUGCUCAAGUUAAUGAGAUCAUAAAUAGAAAUUAUAAUCACAUGCCUUUAUUAAAUGAAUACAGAGUAUCACAUACUCUUUAAACUAUUCAAUAACGUUUUCAUAUUAGAAAUCAAAUGUUAAGUGAUAUUUUUUAUAGCUUUGUUUAGAAUCCCAAAGAAAUGAAAUUUCAUUCUUUAAUGAAAAUUUCAUUUGUUUCUACAUCUAUUAUUAUAUCUGAUAAUAGUUAUCAAUCAUAAUUAGCAUAGAGUUUCAUGAAGGCAACUGAUUGUUAAAUUUUACAAUCUCUAUCAUCAAGUCCUCUUGAUUUAAAAAUGGAAAUCAAUUUAUUUAAAUAUUUCUUUGUUGAUCUUAUUCUAAAAUUCUAUAAAUCAAUUAUUAAAAUUGAUGAAAUAAAGAUGCUUAUUUUGGAUGAGUUAUUUGGUAACUAAAUUUUUAUGACUUUGUCUAAUUAUAAUAUGACAAAGGAUUAUAUAUUUAAAUGUAUUCUGUUAAAUAACAUUCUUUUAAUUGAAGUAUUUAUAUAAAAAUUAGAAAUGUUGACUAAACAAUUGUAAUUGCUUAUUAAAAAAAUAUUAAGAAGUAGAUAAGAUCUCAAAAUAAAUAAGAAAAAGCUGUUGCAAUUCUAUAAAGCAUUAUUACUAAAAGGUCUCCAAGUGAAAAAUUAAUAGUUUUAAAUAAGGCAACUUAACAAUUAACUUCUUAAAGUAAGAUAAUAAAUGAUGAUAAAUUUAAUGAAUUAGUUAAUGAUUUGAUUGUCCAUGCUAAUAUACCUUCAUUUAUAACUGAAAUAAAAAUGAUUCAUCAUUUUGCUGGGGAAAUGUAUAAUGUAUUUUUAGGUUUAUUAGUGAUUGUUUGGGGAGAUAUGGUUAUGUCCUUACUGGUGUUAUGGGAUUAUUAAUGCUAAUAAUAUAAGAUUAGUGA